AUGGGCUGCAGAUUUCGCUUGGCUAUCUUUCUAAUUUUUGUCUACCAAUGUAUAACCACCAAUGUUGUGAUAACGCUUGCCACAACACCAUGCUCUGAAGAUACUGCAAUGAUAUGCCCAAAUAAAUUAGCUGAUACCAUCUGUGAGCGAUUUUUUGAGAAGCCAACUAAACUCAGGUCUAUUCCAGAUUCACGUCUGAACUGUGCAAAAAUAGCUGAAGUUGGUGGUUGUGUUACUGAAGUGCCGUGGAUUGGAGCUAUGUUACAACAGGAAUGUCCACAUUCGUGCGGUUUAUGUGAAGUUUCGUUCUGUGCUGAUAAGAGUGAAAUGUGUCCUUUGUUGUCAGAAAUAUGUAACCACAAAAGUUGGUUCCAAUUUAUGGGGGAAAUGUGUCCACGAACUUGCAGAACUUGUAACAAAAACUUCAAAACCGCUCUACCAAAAAAAAAAAUUAAUAGCUCACAGUUUAAAUUUUCAGAGACAUAUUACUGCUGCUCAGCAACUACCUGUCAGCAGAUAGCAUAA